GACCAGCAUAAAAGGGUGGGAUACUUAAAAAAUAUAAAACUAAUUAAAAAAAUUAAGCAGUGUGUAAGAAUAAUAAAAAGCAAUUACUAAUAAAAAACAAAAUCAGGACACACACACAGUAAUGUCUGGGUAGGCUUGCUGGAAUACAAACAUUUUCAGCAGGUGUCUAAAGCAAUAAAGUGUGUCAGCUUAAAUAUCAAUAGGGAGUUCCAAAGAUUCAGAGCAAUCUCAACCAUCCAGUCAGCCCCAUUCCCCAAAUCCACUGCUUACUUGUAUGAAGAUACAGUGCAUUCUUACCAUUCUAAAAGAGGUCAAUAGGGAUCCACAUCAUUCCAAGAUUGACUGGUUUUUUUAAUGAUGUUUUUAACUAGGCAAGGCUGCUUUCUUAUCUUCAUGGGGUAGCGUAAAGGGCUCAGAACAUGUGAAACCUUUUCCUCAUAGAAGUUCUAUGGAUAGGGCAAAUACUAGUGGGACAAAGAAGAGAAGGGAUAAUGGACACAAUAGAAAUUAUGCUUUCACUAGAGGGAUGGGUACCGGUAAUUGUGCAUCUCCAAUUUAAGCCAUCUGGCCAAAACAGAAGGCUCAUCUGGUAGGGAAAUGGUAAGCAGACACCUCCCCCCGCCCCCGCCCCCGCCCCACAACACUAAAAAUAGUGCUGUAGCAGUAGCAUUCUAAUCUCUAGUCACACUGCUAUGCUACCACAUGCACAAAACUACUAAUGGAGUGUCCAGUCUUAUCAAUAAGAACUCAGAAGGAAGUCCCCUUGUGAAUAAGGUUACAGCCUUACUGUGACUUUUGAGUGGGUGUGUAUAGGAAUGUGCUAUAAAAUAAAAUAUGUGGGUUAUACAAGCUGCUUCCCCAUCCUCUCUUUAUUGAGAAUUUUAUUUGUUGAAAAGAAACUGGAAGCAGUUCCAGAAUUCCAAAGAUUCUGGAUUCAUUUAGGAAUGGCAAUUUUUCAUACACUGGUACAGAAUCACAAAAUGCAGUGUAACAGAAUGUAAUCUUCAUAAAUGGCAUGAACAAAAAAUUCCUGCACUGGGGUCAGGUCCGUAGUGAGUUAAUUGGUAGCCACCGUAUGGGGGCAGCAGGUGGGCAUUGGCAGCAGCACUGGUGAAGCUUCUAGAGAUGCUAUGGGCAUGUCUGCCAUGUUCCCACCAAUUUUGUAUUUUCUACUCAUGUGUGCUCCCCUUUCUCAGCUGAGCUGUAGCAGUAAUAGCAAAUCAUCAGACCCAGCAACGUAAUAGGUGUUUAGGGUUGCUCUGUUAAGAUGUUAGCCCAAACAACUUUAUCUGAUUUGUAAUAAUCUAAAGGGUACAUAAUUCAAUAAUCCAUUUUCUGCUGAACCUUGUUGACACCCUAGGAAAUGUUUCAGCGUUCCAGACUUGGAAAAUGACAUCCUCUGCUUAAUCAGCUAAAGGUUCUUAAAGGAACAGGUCACAUGACACCUGUCCCCCCCCCCUUUCUUUUUUACAUCCAACAACACACCCAGGGAUUAGUCUAAGGGCUUUAAUAGGUUUUGUGAAGAGCCUGCUAAAAGAAGCAGGGCCCAUCCACAAUCACAUUACCGUCUCCACUGCCAAGAAAAUCAACAGGAGGACUUAGUUCACAGGUGUUUUUCUAGAAGAAAGUGAAGCCCAGUGCUAAACUGUUCUGGCACAGUAAGUACUUCAGAGACAAAGUUCCACAGCUUUAAAGGAAAGGAAAGUGAGGAGGGAAAAGCUUCCUCCAGUCAGUGCCAUGGGGGCCUCCCAGUCAAAACGGGGUGAAUACAGAACUCAGAAGAGCAGUCUGAACCCAGAAGGAGACAGCAGAAGCUUUGAGCAUGGCACCUACCAGGCAUCUGAAAGCCACAGGAGCCUCAUUGAGCCUAAGAAACUGCCAAACCCAGUGAGGGAGUCCAAGCACCAUCGCGAGUUGCACCGGGAACUGAUUUUCACUCAAAGGAGGGGGAUCCUUCCAGAACACAAGCCCGAGCUUCAGAGAGUUCUAGAAGCCAGAAGAAUCAAGCAGCUGAAGCAGCAGGAAGAAACCCAAAAGCCCUUGACAGAUCUGGAAGAAGAGCUAAGAAAACGACAGCAGAAGCUUGACCAGUAUGAAAGGGAGCUGGUCUUGAAGGGCGAGCAAGAUGGCCGGCCUGAGUUCAUCCUCGUCAAAGAGAGCCUGAGGAAGAUAAAGCUGUCUACAGAAACGGACAUCAGGCAGACAUGAGAGCCAGGAGACCGCAAGUGCAGUUUCUAUCCGAAUGGCUCCUUGAUGGAAGAUCACAUGGAGGAAUCCUAGGAUGCACCACAGCCUCCCCUUGCUGGCCUGCAGAGCCCCUGCUCAGGUUAACCUCAGGCACUGGGCAGCAGGAGAAAGUCAGAAGCAAGGACUAGCCUCGUGGUGGCUUUGGGUGGAGGCUGGCUGUCAUUCAGCCAUGACAGUUAAGGAAACAUGGAGAUGAAAGGGCAGAUUGGAAUCUGCAGUGGAGGCGGUGACUUGGCAUGGCUGCCUUUUUAGUUUUUUAGGGGGGGGAGGGUUGUUUGUAGUUUGUUUUGCUAUUCAGUAAUGCAUCAUUACAAAGAAAAUACUCUUCUUCUUUUAUUUUUUGCAUUCCAAGCCUUACUAGGCUCCCACCUGAUCCAGGCCUCUCUUUUCUCUUUGUAAAAAAGUUGAUAAUACUCUUACCUGAUAGCUCCAGUGUCAAAUUUUCUAUGCUUAGAUUGAGAUAUAACCCACCAUUAAAGCUAACUUUGGCUUGGAGAAA